GAGUACGAUUCUUAAAUCACCAUCAGUUUCCAUUUGAAAAGUUUUAAAUUUAAAACCGAAACCUCAAAUCUCUACGCCAAUAAUAAACGACAUUAUGCAGUUCUACAAAGUACUAGUUGUUGUUGCCUUGAUCAUGGCAGUGCUAAUGGGCCAAGGACAAGCAGGAUGGCUUAAGAAAGUGGGCAAGAAGAUUGAACGUGUUGGUCAACAUACACGCGAUGCCACCAUUCAAGCCCUUGGUGUAGCUCAACAAGCCGCAAAUGUUGCGGCAACCGUACAAGGAAGAUAAACAAAGUACAUCUGUUGGAGAAAAUUAUUUAAAUAAUAAAAUAGUACAAAAAUCUACACAA